AGGCGUCGAACAAAUACCAAAUUUCUAAGCCCACGGUGUGCUCGGUGCACCCGGGGGAGGUGCUGAAGCUGAGCUGCCCUCUGCCUGCGACGGGGACCAUCACGUGGACCAAAGAUGGCAGCUCUUUGGGCGCCAACAACCGCACGCUCAUUGAGCACCAAGUGCUGCAGAUACGUGAUGCCACGCCCAAGGACUCGGGCCUGUACGCCUGCACCAGCGUGGGCAAAGACACAGUCUGCUUCAUAGUCAAUGUCACAGAUGCCAUCUCGUCGGGGGACGACGAGGACGACACGGAACGAUCAGAGGACAGCGGGGUGGAUGGAGAGCAGUUAUGCCCUCCGUACUGGACGUUGCCAGCUAAGAUGGAGAAGAGGCUGCAUGCGGUGCCAGCGGCCAACACGGUGAAGUUCCGCUGCGCUGCAGGAUGCAACCCCAGGCCCACGCUGCGCUGGCUCAAAAACGGCAGGCCUUUCCGCCAGGAGGACCGCAUGGGAGGAUACAAGGUGCGGCCCCAGCACUGGACCUUGAUCAUGGAGAGCGCGGUGCCGUCAGACAAGGGGAACUACACCUGCAUCGUGGAGAACAAGUUCGGAUCCAUCAACCACACCUACACGCUGGAUGUAGUGGAACGGUCUCCGCACCGGCCCAUUCUCCAGGCUGGUCUCCCUGCCAACACCACCGUACGCGUUGGAGAGGACGCUCGCUUCGACUGUAAGGUCUACAGCGACGCGCAGCCUCACAUCCAGUGGCUGAAACACAUCACUCGGAACGGCAGCCGGUUAGGCCCCGACGGACACCCUUACGUCAGAGUGCUGAAGACUGCAGGUGUUAACACCACAGAUAAGGAGAUAGAAGUUCUCUACUUGCCCAAUGUAACAUUUGAGGAUGCUGGGGAGUAUACAUGCUUGGCGGGUAAUUCUAUUGGGAUCUCCUAUCACACUGCUACUUUGACGGUGCUUCCAGCCAUUGAGAAACCUCUAGGCCCAGUUUCCCCAGACUACGUGGAGAUCGCGAUAUACUGCGUUGGCGUCUUCAUCAUCGCCUGCUUGGUGGGCACGGCGGUGGUGUGCCGCAUGAGGAACACCGCGAAGAAGCCUGACUUUGGCGGCCAGCCGGCCGUCCACAAGCUGACCAAACAGAUCCCCCUGCGCCGCCAGGUAACAGUGUCGACAGACUCGAGCUCCUCCAUGAACUCCAGCACGCCACUGGUGCGCAUCACGACACGGCGGAGCUCGGCGCACGACGAGCCGAUCCCGGAGUACGACCUUCCGGAGGAUCCCCGGUGGGAGUUCCCUCGAGACAGGUUGACCCUGGGGAAACCUUUAGGCGAAGGCUGCUUUGGUCAGGUCGUGAUGGCUGAAGCUCUGGGCAUCGAUAAGGACAAACCCAAGGAGGCCGUCACCGUUGCUGUCAAAAUGCUGAAAGAUGAUGCCACGGAGAAAGACCUGUCUGACCUGGUGUCAGAGAUGGAAAUGAUGAAGAUGAUUGGCAAACACAAGAACAUCAUCAACCUUUUGGGAGCUUGCACUCAAGAUGGACCCCUAUAUGUGAUAGUCGAAUAUGCCUCCAAAGGAAACCUUAGGGAGUACCUCAGAGCCCGCAGGCCGCCUGGCAUGGAGUACUCCUACGACAUCGCCCGUGUCUCUGAUGAACAGCUCACGUUCAAAGAUCUCGUCUCCUGUACUUACCAGGUGGCGCGGGGCAUGGAGUACCUCGCAUCGCAGAAGUGCAUACACAGAGACCUGGCAGCCAGAAACGUCCUGGUCACAGAGAGCAACGUCGUAAAGAUUGCCGACUUCGGUCUGGCCAGGGACGUCCACAACAUCGACUACUAUAAAAAGACCACCAAUGGUCGUCUCCCAGUAAAAUGGAUGGCUCCAGAGGCGCUCUUUGACCGGGUCUACACGCACCAGAGUGACGUCUGGUCAUUUGGGGUGCUGAUGUGGGAGAUCUUCACCUUAGGAGGCUCACCCUACCCCGGCAUUCCAGUAGAAGAGCUUUUCAAGUUACUUAAAGAGGGCCAUCGCAUGGACAAGCCAGGCAACUGCACCAACGAGCUGUACAUGAUGAUGAAAGACUGCUGGCAUGCCAUUUCAUCACAGAGACCCACCUUUAAGCAGCUAGUCGAGGACCUGGAUCGAAUCCUCACCCUGAGCACCAAUGAGGAGUACCUGGACCUCUGCGCCCCGACGGAACAGUAUUCCCCCAGCUUCCUGGACACUCGGAGCUCCUGCUCCUCCGGUGACGACUCGGUGUUUUCCCACGACCUCUUACCGGAAGAGCCCUGCCUCCCCGAGUACCAGCACAUUAACGGCAACGUCAAAAGAUGAGCCUGCGCCCAUCCUCCUCGCGCCACUUUGACGCGGACCAACCUCGGCGACCUUGAACACGCGUGGCAACAGACGCCUUCCCUGAAGCCCCGCCCCCUGGACUUCCUGUUUGUCUGGCUCCUGGUGGACUAAUGGACCCAGACAGGACAGGGUUGCUGCCACACUCAUCUGCACGUGAAGUCUGACAGGAGAGGACAGGAACCUUACAGAAGCUAUUUUAUACUGACUGAAUGAGUCCUGUGGGGUGCGCCUCCUCCUCCUCCUCCUCCUCCUCCUCUCAUAUAAACAUGCAGCUUCUUUCCCUCAUCAUUUAGUUCUCAUCUUCUUGACCCAGAAGUUCAACAGUGUUCUCCGUUUGGUGAUCUGCAGCUACAAGACUGUUGUUUGCUCCUGGAGGAAUGUAUGGACCCAUACGAACUUAAAGAAAGGAACUAGGAACUAAAAAAUAGGAACUAGUCUCCCAGACGGAGACUUUGACUAACAAAACAGGAAUAGGAGGACAUAAAAUAUGCCGAUUAUUUCUCACGUUUCUUCAUUUAUUCAAGAGAAAGACUACACAUUAUAAUGUAUAAAGCUGGUUAUAUUUGUAAAUAUAUUCAAAUAUGUAUAAAAAAUAUUAUAUAUUUACAAUGAAUUAUUUUUUGUAUGGACUCUAAAACAACCCCACCUCCUCCGCUUUAACAUUUGAAGCAGGUUCGUUAACGGACGAUGUGUCCUCACAAACACUUUGAUACACACAAAAUACACUCUUUCUAUAACAGCUAAGUUUUGACUUUCAGGGACUCUGGUAGCAUGUUAAUUUAUUGACUUGUGUACUUUAAAAAUCAAUUGAAAAUAAAAAUUAUAGUAGAAAUGAUUGCAUUAAUAAUGCUGAAAACAUGAAAAUAAUCCAUUUAAAUGUAUGGUAAUUUAAAAUAAUCUUUCAGCAUAAUUUUUUUUAGGUGAUUUGGAAAAAUGGAUGUUUUGUAAGUUUUAUAUAUGAAUGUGAAUAUUAAGUUAAAAUUUUAAAAACUGUACAUUUUAUAGUCAUCUAAUCCCUUUUUUAUGUAGAAAUUGAUGCCAGUUUUUUAACUAUUCUUUAGAAAAACAAGACUUUUUGGGGGAUAUUUAUACACAACUAAAAUACAUAAUAUUGUGGAAUUACCAGCCUACAAGAAGUUUCAAAAUUCAUACAGCUGAACAGAAUUCAGAAAAAGGUAUUAAAUGUUUGUAUUUUUCUUGUUUUCUACUGGACCAACAUUAAGAAGUUUUGCAGGUACUCAGACUGUAUUUGCAAAAU